CGUGUGUAAGAACACCUGCUAACCAAUACGCACUAUAAAGAAGUGAAACUCCAGAUGACCCAGCGGUACACGCAAGUCACAUUUCUAUUCAAAUUCACUGAACGUUAAAAGAAGUGCAAAGCAGUGACAAAAUGAAGCUGACGUUGUUUUUUAUUCUUUACGGAUGUAUGCAAUUAGCUGCUGGCGCCUGUGCCCCGGGAUGGCUUCAGUUCCAGACUUCAUGCUACAAGAUUGAGGUCCAAGCCGAGAAGCAGUUCACCGAUGCAAAUAAAGCAUGCGAGGCUGAACAGUCCCACUUAGCUAUAAUCAUGACAACUGAGGAAAACCAGUUCUUGAAGAAAGAACUCAUGAAGUUGCAAAUAACUGAUGUGUACAAGCAGUUCUGGAUGGACGGCACCGAUCUAACCACAGAGGGAACUUGGGUCUGGGAAAGCACUGGAGAAUUUUUUGAGAUUUACGACUGGUCGCCUGGCGAGCCCAACCAAAGUGGCGGCGAAGAAGAUUGCAUGACAUUUAUGCGGAUGUACGACUAUCAGUGGAAUGACGUAAGAUGUGAUCAUCCUGAAGGAUAUGUGUGUGAAAAGCAGAUGGCAAGCGGACCGGUCGUUGGUUAAUAAAUUAGUCAACGGACAGUCAUUGACUAUAAAUAUUUGUAUUAUAUAAUAAAUCCCGAUGCAUCGAACUCUGUGUUAAACUUUCCUUAAUGUGAUGCCUAAUGUAGAAUAUAUUUAUUUUAUUGUAAA